CGAGGGGGAGAAUAUAAUGAGCAUGGGCAUCCAGCCAUAGCUCUGCUUUUUUAUUUUUUUAAGCCAAUCAGGUAAGACAGUGUGACGGGCUUUUUAAUGGUUUCUAAACAGGUUGGGCGGAAACUCCGAAUGUACUCAUCUUCAUCAGAUUAACCCCCCAAGGAUGAGUGAAGUGUAUUCAGAGCUUGAAGCUGCCAAUAGUUUACACCCGAAAAUUAAGACAACCAUCCAAAUAAAUGAAAAAAAGAAUUGCCAUUUCGAUAUUGUCUAUGUAUUACCAGCGAGUGUCUUUGUAGACCCUUACCAACUACAAGACUUGGCACCACUUAUUGGAAAGGCCACAGUGUUCGGUGAACACGAUUUAGAAUUACCUCUUGAGAAAGUCAAAGAAUGGCGUGGCAGUAUUGUCUUUUUACGUCAAGAAACAACGUUACCCGUAAUGCAAGUGACAUUACCUCUUCAUCUUCGAUACCAACAACCCUCAGAGCAUCUGGAUAAGCAACCCAUUACUAUACAAGCUCCAUGGGCAGGCUGGACCUGUGGCGGUGGUAGUGAUAGUUUGUGGCCUCCUAUCGAGCACGAAUUAAUCAGUUCACCACAGUUGGACUCUUCUGCUAUUUUUACAAGACUCUCAAAUGAUCCAACACCCUUAAUAUUAUCCGUUCCUAUUGGUAAAGUACAGGAUGCUACGGUGGUUACUUAUGGUACCUUUGUUUCCGUGGUUCUUUGUACGCUUUGGAUUGUGUAUGCUGUAUAUUUAUCGGUACGAAAAAGAAGAAGGUUAGAGGCAAAAGGAAAGAGAAGGAAAUCCGAAUAAAGCUGUAUUAAAAUAAUAAAAAGUAUACACACAUAUGCAAAAAGUAA